UCAAAUAUGGCGGAUGGUGCUGUUUUGACAGAUGUGAGCCCGGGUCAUUUCGUAAUGGAUGGACUAUUUCAAAUUAAUUGUGCACAGUGCAACAUAUCACAUUGUUUUGAAGGAUAUAUUGAAACCCUAUAAUGUCACUAUUGUGUGUUUGCGUGAAAAAAGCCCGACUGAUUGGAAGCCCUGAGAGAUUCAAUACUUAUGUGACCCUAAAACUACAGAAUGUUAAAUCAACCACCAUACAAGUCAAGGGGAGUAACCCAUGCUGGGAGCAGGAUUUCAUGUUUGAAACAAAUUGCCUGGACACUGGUCUGAUCAUAGAGAUUUGGAAUAAAGGCAUGUUAUGGGACAAACUGUUGGGUCUUCAUUGGUUACCAUUGAGAGACAUCCAUCACUCAAACUCCGAAGGAGAAGGAAGGUGGUUGUCCUUGGACAGUGAGCUGAUAAUGAGAAGCGGCAAAAUCACAGGAACAAGGUUCCCCACCUGCCACACAGUACUUCUAGAUGCCAGAUUUGAAUUACCUUAUGAUCUCCCAGAGGCUGAAGCUGCUGAGCUGGAGAAUAAACUAAAAGUCCUCAACACUAUAGACCAAGAGUUAAUGACCAUACAGCGCCAAAAUACCUACUCCACUCAAUCUGGGAUGUCUGAAGAUAGUGAUUAUAAGAGUGACAAUAGCUACCCCCCUCCUCACCAACACAAUGUGUCCGUCAGACAGUUUCCUCUCCAUGAACCUAGUCGAGAUUUCUACUAUAAUGGACAGUUUGAUUCAUUUGACGGAGGGGGUAUGGAUGAUGAUCGGCGAGGAUCUUUCGACCGAUUUGAAAGUUUUGACGAAGAGGAGUCGUACAACGAUCAUCAUUGCCACGAUGUUUAUCAGCGGGACUUAUCCCCGGAGCCAGAUAACGAAUCUUACGAUGAAGAAGAAUUGACGCACUGUUCCGAAAGAAGGAGUCAGGAUGACCCAGAUUACGAUCAGGAUCAGGAUUACUCUUUACAGGGAUCCGAAUACGAUCAAGAGGAGUACGACGACUACGAACGUCCCAAACUGAACGAGCGGAGCUUCAGUGAGGAGGAUGGGAGUUACUCGGGAGGAAGGGUGAUGAGUCGGACGAUUAGUGAAGAAGAGUCAUCCAGUCGAGGACGGAUGUAUGAUAGGACCUUCAGUGAGGAAAGUAACAGAAUGUAUAGCGAGGAGAGCAACCGAGAUCGACACUCAAUGGAUAGAACGAUCAGUGAAGACAGCAGUCGAGAGAGACAGCAGUAUUACGAUCAGGAGGAGGAUCGUAGGCCUUCUUAUACGCACAAUCAUCGGGGAAGUUACGACUUGAAGGAUAGAGAUUUUGGGAGGGAGUGGGAUCAGUACUAUCAGGAUGAAGAAACCACUUACGUUCAGAGCCGGAGUGACACGGAAUCUGAGCACAUGUCAUAUAACAGCAGACCAAGAAAGAGCAGGCAGUAUUCCUAUACAAACAGAGGAAGCCCAGCCAGAAGUGGAGAUUCCCUGACCAAUACUACAAACAUGACCAACACCAGUAAAAUCAGCACUCAGGAUUUCAGUCCAAUUAAUAGCCAGACAAGCCUAAGUGGUCUGAGUCGUCAAAGCGAACAGGAGCGAAGUGAUGGCCCCCUGGAUUACCAGUACAAGUACACCCCAUACCACGAGAUGCAGGAGUCCCCCGCCAAAAUCAGGUGGAGCCAGGCCGUCAAGAGAAUUAACACAGAGCUUAAUAAGGAGGGAAUAAAUAUGAUGGGUCAUUCAGAAGAUGCUAGGGACAAGUGGACACACCCCAAUGGAGGGCCAGAACACAAUGACAUAUACAGCUGUUUGGACACCGUUCCAGAAUUUACACUACCCCGUCGAAAAUCGGUUGCUCUUGUUAGUGACUUGACUAUGCAAUCCAAACGAAAUGCACCUUCUGCAAUGGUAGCCAGACAAUCUUUGAAAGAUGAGGAAUUGAAAAUGCAUGUGUACAAGAAAACCCUUCAGGCUUUAAUCUACCCAAUAUCCAGCACGACACCACACAAUUUUGUGGUGUGGACUGCCACCUCUCCCACAUACUGCUUCGAAUGUGGCGGCCUCCUGUGGGGAAUGGUGAGACAAGGUGUUCGAUGUACGGAGUGUGGCGUCAAAUGCCACGAGAAGUGUAAAGACCUACUUAAUGCAGACUGUUUGCAACGUGCUGCGGAAAAAAGCUCGAAACAUGGUGCGGAGGAUAAGACGCAAAACAUCAUCAUGGCAAUGAGGGACAGAAUGAAGAUCAGGGAGAGGAACAAACCCGAAAUCUUCGAACUCAUCAAAAAUGUUUUUGGUGUGGAUAAAAAAUCACAUACUGGCCACAUGAAAGCAGUGAAACAAAGUGUCCUGGAAGGAACGUCCAAAUGGUCAGCUAAAAUAGCCAUUACUGUGAUAUGUGCUCAAGGCCUGAUAGGCAAAGAUAAAACGGGUACCAGCGAUCCUUACGUCACUGUGCAAGUGGGCAAAGUGAAAAAACGCACAAAAACCGUCCCUCAAAACCUCAACCCAGACUGGAACGAGAAGUUCUAUUUUGAGUGCCAUAAUUCAUCAGAUAGAAUUAAAGUACGAGUUUGGGAUGAAGACAACGAUUUGAAAUCAAAACUUAUGCAGAAAUUGACCCGGGAAUCAGAUGACUUCUUGGGUCAGACCAUUAUUGAAGUGCGUACAUUAAGUGGAGAAAUGGAUGUAUGGUAUAACCUGGAGAAAAGGACAGAUAAGUCUGCUGUGUCAGGGGCCAUAAGAUUACACAUCAGUGUGGAAAUUAAAGGGGAGGAGAAAGUGGCACCUUACCAUGUACAGUACACCUGUCUACAUGAGAAUUUGUUCCAUUACUUGUGUGAGCAGACAGGAGGAGCUGUAAAACUUCCUGAUGCCAAAGGACAAGAUGAAGCUUGGAAGGUGUACUUUGAUGAACCUGCACAAGAGAUAGUGGAUGAGUUUGCCAUGAGAUAUGGUAUAGAGUCUAUAUACCAGGCUAUGACUCAUUUUUCCUGCCUGUCCACUAAGUACAUGUGUCCUGGGGUCCCUGCGGUGAUGAGCACACUACUUGCCAACAUUAAUGCCUUCUAUGCACACACCACGGCCAGUACUGCCGUAUCGGCCAGUGAUAGAUUCGCAGCAUCUAAUUUUGGAAAAGAGAAGUUCGUAAAGUUAUUGGACCAACUUCACAAUUCCUUGCGCAUUGAUCUCUCCAUGUACAGAAAUAACUUUCCAGCCUCAGACCGUGCUCGCCUACAAGAUCUCAAGUCCACGGUGGACCUACUGACUAGCAUAACUUUCUUCAGGAUGAAGAUUUGUGUGAUAGAUGAUGAACAGGUGUACAAGCAGGUCCAAGAAUUGCCCAGUCCUCCAAGAGCAAGCAUUGUAGUCAAAGACUGUGUGAUAGCAUGUAUAAAGUCCACGUACCAGUUCUUGUUUGAUCACUGUUAUGAACUAUACCAGAGGGAGUUUGUACAAGCCGAACCCUCUGAACAGAAUAUCCCAGGCUCAGAGGAGGCCAAUGAGAACAGUCUAGAUUUCUGGGAUAAACUCAUCGCUUUAAUUGUGUCUGUGAUAGAAGAGGAUAAAAACAGUUAUACUCCAGUAUUAAAUCAAUUCCCUCAGGAGUUGAAUGUAGGACAAGUCAGUGCUGCCAAUAUGUGGGCUCUGUUUUCACAGCACUGCAGUAUGUUCCUGAAAGAUCAAGAACAAGAAAAACCAUGUAAAAGUUCCGAGUAUAUGAAUUUACACUUUAAGAUAAAAUGGCUGUAUUCUAAGUUUAUAGCUGAAGUGCCUCAGUACAAAGGGACUGUCCCGGAGUAUCCAAGAUGGUUUGAGCCUUAUGUAAUGCAGUGGUUAAAUGAAAAUGAUGAGGUGUCCAUGGAAUUUUUACGUGGUGCUUACGAUAGAGAUAAAAAGGAUGGGUUCCAGAAGAGCUCGGAGCACUAUCUUUUCUCUAGUUCUGUGGUCGACAUAUUUACCCAGUUAAACCAAUGUAUAGAAGUUAUUAAGAAGUUAGAAUGUCCAGACCCAGAGAUAGUAAAAAGAUACAUGAGGAGGUUUGCUAUUACUGUUAAUAAGGUGCUGAUAGCUUAUGCUGAUGUAGUAAAACAAGACUUUGAGAAGUACACAAAUGAUCAUAAGAAAGCUUGUAUUUUAAUGAAUAACAUACAACAGUUACGUGUUCAGCUAGAAAAUUUGUUUGAAUCUAUGGGUGGUGAAAAGCUCGAUUCUGAUACUUCCAGUAUUUUAAAAGAACUUCAGAGUAAAUUGAAUAGUGUUCUUGAUCACCUAAGUUCUGUGUUUGCCAAGAGCUUGGAACCUCAGAUCAAACAAAGUACACAGGAAUUAGGUUUACUCUUAUCUAAAGUGAAAGGGGCUGGGCAGGUCUCCCUGUCGCAGCCCAGUCAGAGAAACAGCAUACAGCAGGAAUCAGAGUUGGUGCUUAAACCUUUAAUGGAGCUCAUUGAUGGCAGCUUGACAAUGUUUGCAAAAGAAUGUGAGAAAACUGUUCUGAAGCGUCUGCUGAAGGAGUUGUGGAGGAUAGUGAUGUACACUAUGGAGAAAACAGUGGUACUGCCCCCACUCUCUGACCCCAGACAGGAGAAGGAGAAGGAACAAGCCAGGCUUAUCCCCCUCCCCGGUGCUGCUCAAACUAAAAUCGAGGAUGUGUCUCGUCUUUUUCUCAGUCACGUCAGCCAAAUGCCCAUGAAUGUUCCCAUGAUCCAGGACAUGUCCAAGGAGGCAGAGAAGAACCUAACCCCCAAACACAAGAGUGGACAAGAUUGGUCGAGCUACAGAGUUUACGUUCCAAGGACGCCUUAGUGUGCUGUGUUCAUGGCCCUGUACACCCAGGGAGGGGCUACUGACACGCUAAUCAAGACGUUCGUCAGCACGCAGACGUCGCAGGACCAGCCGUCACUAGAGGAUACAGUGGGGGAGGUGUCCAUACAGGUGGAUCUGUUCACACACCCUGGGACAGGGGAACAUAAAGUCACCACAAAGGUUGUGGCAGCCAAUAACCUGAAGUGGCAAACAUCGGGCAUGUUUCGUCCAUUUGUGGAGGUCAAUCUAAUCGGUCCACAUCUCAGUGAUAAACGAAGAAAACAUUCCACGAAAUCAAAGAGCAACAACUGGUCACCAAAGUUCAAUGAAACUUUCCACUUCAUUCUUGGGAAUGAAGAUGAACCCGAUGCCUAUGAGCAACACAUUUGUGUGAAGGACUACUGUUUUGCCCGUGAGGAUAAACUAAUCGGAGUUGCUGUGUUGCAGUUACGAGACAUUGUGGAGAAAGGCAGUUGUGCGUGCUGGUGCCAUCUGGGAAGAAGAGUGCAUUUAGACGAAACAGGAUGGACAAUUUUGCGCAUUCUCUCGCAAAGAACGAAUGACGAGGUCGCCAAGGAAUUCGUCAAGUUAAAGUCCGAGUCACGGUCAGCAGAGGAUGUGUCUUGAGACACAUUAAAGAACAAAAUUAGGAACUGCUAAUUAAUUCUUUUUUUAAAAGAAUAUUACUGCCAGUUUUUUUUUUCUGUUUUUUUUUACAUUUAUGUCCAUCGAUUGCUCUGUAACCCAUGUUGGGGAUAUUGAUUAUUUUGGUGAUAGUUGUUAUUUAAUUGAUCGAAAGAUAAUUCUUCGCAGCAUAUUUACAGCUUAAAAUGUAAAGGUUUAUAGGUGUUUCUUGUAAAUUUGAAACUUUAAAACUGUGAAGAUAUGUUACAUAUACAUGUAUUUGUGAGUGAAUUCUUGCAGAGAAGCUCUGCAAAAGUACAGAAAGAUUGCAUUUGUAAUGCAACUAUAGAUUUUUCACGGAUUAUUAAUUUAUGUCAAGGAAUUUGGAAAAACUUGUAUGGGACAUUAGAUCUGAGUUGCUUAUGGUUGCUUCAGCCAAUUUUAUAUGAUUGUUUAUGGUAUUUAUUAUUACUGAUACAUCUCCCCAAGAUAUAUAUUUACACUUGAUAGAAAUCCUCUUUUGCUGCAGAAAUCCAAAUGCUACAUGUGAUACCUGUGUUAUACAAACCAUGAUAUUGUUUUAUAGGGACUGAGUGCAAUUUUUAAUUUCUUAUUACUAAACCCAAUGAAUUCCAUUUACAAAACCUAAAUGACAAGUCAGUUUUGUCAUUUCUGUUCAUUCUGGUUGUGUUAUUACAUGACAAUUAGCUGAUUAAUACCAACACAUAACUUUCAUGACCAUUAAUUGAUAGAAUUUGUCUUCCAUGGAUCAUAACUUCAUACACCAUACUUUAGACUUCACAUUAGUUGAACGUAAGGAUUUCAUAUUUCAUUGAUUUUUUUUUUUGUUUUUUUUUUUUACUUUAUUUGUCUUGUUACUGAUAUAUUUUUUCUUCUUUUUGUUCUACUUUUUCUUAGUCAUUCUUCAAUUGUAAUUUUGUUUACAUUCCACUCAAAACAGAGAUAAAUCAAUAUGUACCUGCUUAUCUAAUUAUUUCAAAGGUCUUGCUCAAAAUCGGAUCUUCCCAUAGCUAUAUAUCUCUCAUAGUUCAUCCCAAGUUUAUAUUCAUAGAUGUUACAAAAUAUAAAAAUAUGUGUGUAAAAAUAAAUCUUUAUCAGCAGUACCAGGUACAAGAUUGUGUAUUUUGUGCUUAUAUUCAAAAACUUUAAUUAAUACAUUUCAUAUACAGAGAGAAUAUACAUGUAGAUUAAUAAAAAAAAAUUCUUUCUAGUUAUUUUGCAUGGGAUACCGGUUGAAAAUCUCAUUCUUAAAUUUGAUGCCAUGCUCUCUUUUUUUCUUGAAAUCUAAUUUUUUUGGUACCUCCUAUUAAUCUAGUCAUUAAUUAAUAAAAGUGAUUGAUUGAUAUUACAUUGCCCCCUGUCAAUCUCUUUUAACUGUCUACAAUUCUUGUAUACAUCUCGGAUUUACUUGAAAGUCUCUCUACUUAAUUCUUGACGACAAUUCUAUUAAGAAAUGAAAUCUCAUUCCAUUUUUAUUCAACUAUUGUAUCAUUUUUUUUUAAAUAGCUAUUUUGUAUUUACAGAUCUUAUGACUUUGUUAUAUUUUUGUUUGUUUCUUCAAAUUACUGGGUAUCAUGAUAAAUCAUCUUAAGUUUAAAGGAGUUUCUAUAUACAUGUAUUCACAACAAAUUUACUAUUGGGGGAAUUGAUGCUUCUGCAGAUGUGGCAUUCUUUGAAAAGUACAAGCUCUGUUUUUGAAGUGUUCAUUAAAUAUUUGUGGUCAGAAUUUAUCAUUUGUUGCAUUGCAUUUUAAUUCUAUUUAUUAUACUGAAAACAUUCCAUUGUUAUUGUUGCAUAGUGCAAAAAAUCAACAUUACAUUUACAUGUAGUUUGUUCAAGAGACUUUUAUUCAAGGCAGUUGUGAACUCUUUGUGUUGACUAAAUAUUUAAACAAAAUUUGUUUAUGUUACUCUAAAGCAUUUACAUUUGUAGAAGGCAUAAUUUUACUCAUGGUUUAAAAAUACCAAAAUUUAAGGUUUGAAUAUGUGAACUGUAAUUAUCCAAUGUAAAAGCAGAAUAGUAAACUGAAUAGCAAGGUGUGAUUUUUAUUUAAGUUCUCAUCUAGAUCUGUAAAACUCUCAAUGCUUAUUUUUUUUAAGAUUAUAAGAAUCUAUAUACUUUGUUAUUUUAGAAAUUAUAUCUUUUCUUGUUACUCCUAUUUGUGACAAUUGUACAUGACAUUGUGAGACUCAGUCAUACUUGAUAACUUGGGUUGUAUGAUCUUUGAUCUUUUAUUCAUGUUAUUUGUAUUUCUGGAUAAUAAAUAAAUUUCAAAUUUAAAUUUA